CCAGACCUGAGGAGUCAAGAGCUGCAACACUUGCCUUCCUUUACACCACAUCAAGACAGCAGCAGAUUCAUCUCAACGGGGAUGAACAAUCAGUACACUCGCCGGGAGGUCUUCUGCCGGAACACUUGCCAUGAGCUCAAACGCUUCUGGGAAAGGGAGAUUGGCAAACAGACUUGCUACCGAGAAUCAGAGGAGCAUCGUCUGGGAAGAAGCGCACUGAGAAAGCUCAGAGAAGAAUGGAAGCAGAGGCUAGAAACAAAGCUGAGGCUGCGGAACAAUCCAGAUGAGACUGAAAAGCAGACAAAUGUUGCCUAA